GCCUCAUUAAUCAUUAUACUCUUCACUCUUAUAUCACUCAACACCACCUCAUUCUUUCUUUAAUGGCACUCGAAGCUCUUGGAUCACCGUCGCCGCCACUCCGCCACCGCGACAUGGAUGUUCAAGAUUCUUGGAACAAAGGCAAGCGAUCUAAGCGCCCAAGAACCACCACCGAUCACGAUGUUGCUCUUCCGCAACAACCACCCACAGAAGAAGAGUACUUAGCCCUCUGCUUGAUGCUCCUAGCCAACGGCAGCCCCACCUCCACCUCCACCUCCACAGCCACCGUCACACUGCCGGAAAAUGAGUCUGACUCCCGGGUGGCUUACAAAUGUAGCGUAUGCAACAAGGGGUUCUCUUCUUACCAAGCACUCGGAGGACAUAAAGCUAGUCACCGGAAGAACGUUCCCGACGACCAUAUUCCGUCCACCUCCGCCGCCGCCACCGCCACCGCCACCUUGUCCAGUUCUUCUGUUUUGAAACCUAGUGGAAAAGUACACGAGUGUUCCAUCUGUCAUAGAACGUUUCCCACCGGCCAGGCACUUGGUGGUCACAAACGACGGCACUACGACGGCAACAACCCUGGUAGCACCGUCACAACGACAUCAGACGGAGGUGCUUCCUCCACCCCUAGUCAACCGCGCGACUUUGACUUAAACUUGCCGGCGUUCCCCGACUUAUUCCAAAUGGGUUUGAGCGUUGACUGUGGGAAGAAAAGCCAAAUGUUGAUUAACGAACAAGAAGUUGAAAGUCCACUUCCGAUGAAGAAACCGUGUUUCUCGAUCAAAACGGAAUAAUUCAAGAUUAUGACGUAAACCCAAUAAAACAUACAAUCAUCAAAUUCAAUUUGUUCUUUCGUUUUAGAAUCUUGUAUAGACUUGUUGUGUAUUAAUCAUGUCGAUAGUGUUAUACAAUUGAUUACAUUCAUUAA